AUGUUGGCAAAUGCCCCGAACAACAUUGCCCUGUUCAGCCUCCUACACAAUUCCCGAGUCAGAGCACGCUACUUGGGGUCAGAUUUCCAGCGACUGUUAGUGUCACCCCCAGGAGCAAUAUUCUACCGAGGGCUGAACGUACACGACGGGGAGGAAAGUGCUGGGGCAAUCCUUAAGGAGCUGAUAAACCUCCUCUCUUCACUCAAGACAAGCCAAGGAAAGCUUGUAAGCCUUGUGGUUGGGGCCAAUCACCUGCCCCAAUGCAAAUGGGCUUACCAACACGUGCAGGAGUUAGUUGCAGGGUUCAUGAGUGCGGCUGUGCCACUGUGGUCGAGGCGUCCCCAGGGUUGCUGCAAACUUACACAGGAGUACGUCUUAGAGAAGGACCGGAUCCAUGAUGAGCUGCAAAGAAGCAACGUGGAGAACAAACAACUGGCACAGAAACUCGAACUAGCAGCGGAGAAGCAAAAAGAGAAUCAGCUCGACUUGAAAACAACCAUUCAGGAACUUCAAGCUGAAUUGUUGGAGUCAGAGGGUGCUUCUGUGCUGGCUUUGGGAAAGUCAAGAGCUGCUCACCAGCAGCUUGAGGCUGAAGUGAGCGAGGCUCAGAGGGAAUCGAUGAGAGCCCAGGAGGAGCUAGAACAGGUUCAGCUCAGGUUGGACGAGUCAACGUUAUCCAUUCAGAAACUCGAGGCCCAACUCUUGGAGGCACGAAGUGAUGGGGAAGACGCUAGAGCCUCGAUACGACAGCUCGAAGCUGAAGUUAGAAAGGGGAAGGGAGAAGGCGAGGCGGUCGUCAACGAAUUGACCCAAAGACUGCAGGAGUCGGAGAAAGCACGUGACAGGGCUCUACGUGAUGCAGAAGACUCUAGGGAAAGCAACAAGAUAGUCAAAGAGCUGGAAGGGGUGACUGCGUGCUUGAAGGAGGAGCUCCUGUCCCUUGCGAGGGGUUCCAAGGAUGCUGGGGAGAAAGUUGACAGUCCCAAAGUGGGGAGGAAGCGCUCUUUGCAUGAGGAGAACCUAAGUAUCAAGAAGAGGAAGGGGAAGGGCCCUGUCUACGUCAGGAGGAUUCCCAUCGAGUGUAACAAGCUCAGGGGCACUCUCGUGGUCAAGAAGGACAUGGAGUCCCGGCAGACUGUUGCUGAAGUAGAGGGGUGCCAGUGUGAAUCAUGUGGCGGAAAAGGAGAGUCCUUGGCGGUAGGGGAGUUUGAGCUGAAGCAUGCGGGGAGCAAGGCUAGGAAGUGGGUCACAUCCUUCAAAGCCGUUUGCAAAGACGGUGCGCUCCUGAGUCUCAAGGACGUUCUGGACCUUGAGCCGUUUCGGAUAGUCAAUAGGAGGGGUUGUAAGCGACAAUGA